UCAUAACAGGAGGCUUCAUUUGCGUAGGCCGGCCCACACGGAGUCAUUUAAGGGGAAGAGGUUACUGUAUACUGUAUAUUGGCAGGGCUCACUCUGGUUCAUGUACCACCAUGUGACUGUCGGUAACUUCAUCACUCUCCACCGCAGCACCAGCAGCAGCAGCAGCAGCAGACUCUGCCCUGACCCUGGACCAGUAUUUAAACUCGGGUUUUUAUGUUGUGUGGAUUUAUUUUGACUCCGUGUGAGAGUGUUUUCUGGAAGCUUCGCGUUCAGCCACCUCGGAGAUGUUUUGGUUCCAGCAAGGACUGUGUUUCCUACCAGCGUUUCUGGUCAUCUGGUCCUCCAGCACUUUUAUUGUUUCCUACAUUAUUGCGCUUUUCAGAGGGGAUGUCGACGUCAUCUUUCCAUACAUAAGUGACACAGGUGCAAAACCUCCAGAGAGCUGCAUCUUUGGCCUGAUGACAUUCAUUUCUGCAUGUGCAGGAAUAUCCACCAUAUAUGCCAGGUACAAGUUUGUGGAGAAGCUGAGUGCGGACACAGGGAUGGUGAGCCCACGUCUCAAUAAAACUGCUCUAGUGUUGGGGCUGCUCUCCUGUUUGGGCAUGUGUAUUGUUGCAACAUUCCAGGAAACAUUAGUGACAGCCGUUCAUGAUAUAGGAGCAAUACUGUUCUUUGUCUCUGGUGUCUUAUACAUAAUUCUCCAGUCUGUUAUAUCAUUUCGUGCCUAUCCAUUUGGGUCCUCCAUUUGUGUGUGUCGAGUACGUGUGGGUAUCGCCAUCCUCGCUGUUUUGGCAUUUUUCCCCACUUUCAUCUGUGCGUUCUAUGUGAAACAAACCACUCUGCACAGAGACAAAGGAGACGAGGACUAUCCCUUCCAUGUGGCCAGUGCUGCAUGCGAGUGGAUCGUCGCCUUCAGCUUCAUCUGCUUCUUCCUCACAUACAUCGACGACUUCAAACUGUUUACGUUGCGAGUGAAAACAGAGAACGUGGAGUAGCCAUGAUGACUGGCGACAAAUCACAGUAUGAUUAUCAGUAUUUUAAUGUUUAAAAAAAAGUUCUGCAUUUUUUUGUAAAGCUCUUAUGCAAAUGCAUUUUGUACAUUUGUAUUUUUACACUGCAAGGCUUUUAUACGAUGUUGUGUUUUGUAUCGCCUGACUGAAUUUGCUGGUAGAACACAGUGGGUACGUUGUUAUUUAUACAUUAUCAGCAGCUCAGAAACUGAUCACAGCCUGUAUCUUUAUACCUUUUAUAUGAUUUCAAUUCAUUUUAUACGUGCACUUAAUUGCUUCCUGUGUUCAAACAACACUUUGCACUUUGCUCUCGAUCGUUGCCACACCAGCGUGACUCAUGCUGUCAAACCUGUGACCAGUAAUAAGAGAAGUUCAUCACACAGGGAACACAUGAUAGCUUUACAUGUGGUUAAAGGAGACUCAAACUAAUGACAAACUCGUCUGUGGGAACAUGGUGGUGCUCGUGUUGUGUGAGAAAAUGGUGAGACUACACUGAUACUGUAUGUAAGUAAUCAGGAAACCUGUAUGACGUUUUUUUUAUUAGCAUUUUCUAAUCAUGUUUUCUUUGGACAGCUGGAAACUCUUUCUAUGAAUCCUCCAAUUCAGAGUUUUGGUUUCAAUACUUCCUGUACUCUCCCUGUGUGGUAAAUGGUUUAAGCUCAUACUGCUGGAUUGUUCCACAGUGCAGCUACAGAUGGGAUUUUGCUUGUGUUUGCAGACUGUAGACAGUUUAUGCAACAGGAACUAGGCUACUUAAUUAAAUAGUUUGUUCAGUAUGACUGCCAAAUUAAAUUACUGUAAUAGAAUAGAAAUUGCAGCUAAUUAGAAUUGAAGGCAGGUUUUCAGUGUGCCGUCAGCCAGAUAAAUUAAGCUUUUCUCUUAACCUUACAUCAGCGGGCAUUAAAAAAAUAUAGGCAGUUUAAUCAGAGGGACUUUACCUUUGAAAAUUGUUUAAUUUGUAGGAUUUUCAGGGGCCUGAAGAGGCAGAAGUUUCCAGCAUUUCACUCACAAUAUGUCAUUAAGUCUGAAAAAUGCAAGUAUUUUGGGUGACAGAAAUAUAUUUUGAAUUUCUGACGCCCUUAAAUUUGUAUAUAUUAUCAAACCCCAGGCUGGGAAGCACUGCUGUAGAGCACACUGCCAAUACUUUAGCUACUUUAGUAACAUCAACAACAUCAACACUCAGGGUUCCCACACACUUUACCAAUGAAUUUUAUUACCCGUAAUAUUUAACCCUCUUUCCAAGACUUUAGUGAAGUAGAUAGGCCUCUAUCGCGAUCGUAAGGUGCUACUCCAGUAUGCUACUGUAUGUCCUAAGGCAGGCGAAAGUGUAGCUGGAAUAUGGACAUACACGUACAGUAGACACAAACUGAUAAUGUUAUCAUGGCCUGGCUAUAGCAGGUGUGAAAUAUGUGCCAAAGCUGACACUCUGUUGAGCAGCCUUUUGGUGUCCUAAUGCUUUUUCCCUUUAACAUGGCUGACCAGAGCCGUUUCCUCACGGUGCUAACGGCAAGCAUUAUUUAACAUGCACUGCUGGCUCUGGCUAACUUUACUCACUUGUUCGACAUUCCCGCCACCAGCUAGCUGCAUACACAGAUGUGUAUCACGUAAUACUGGUGAUGUUUCAGUACUACAUGGGAAAUUUCGUGUAAUGUUAGAUAUGUUUUGGGAUUUUGAUGGACAUAUUUAACAACAGCCAAAACAAUGUAUCAGGGUUCUGACAGCUUAAGUCAGAUUUAAGACUUUUUAAGACCAAUUUACAAUAACUAAAACUGAUUAAAAAAAAACAUGGACCAAGAUUUUUUACCGAGGGUUAAGGACAAUUUAGCCCACAUGCUGAUUGUAAUAUAAACCAUGACUUUUUGGGGAAAUACCUGGCAUUUGUUGACGAAUAUUCUAAACAAUUUUGUGUUUCUUGCUCUGCAUGUGGGAUUCCAAAGUCUUAAGGGGGAUUUAUACAUGUGCGGCAGUGCCUAUGUUGUAGCCUACGCAUGUGGCCUACACCGUUUGAGCAUUUAUACUUGUGUGGUGGUGUGUCUGUGUCACUCUGCAGUUACACCUCCAAAACACACAUUAAACAUGGCUUAAUAAAGACAAUUUCAAACACAAGUACACAAAUCAGCUUCACUAUAACUCGCAGCAUUCACAGACAAACACUUGUCUUUAUCUGGACACAUUUUCCCCACAAAUACAACAUGCUAAUGUUUUUAGCACAAGCCUAUGGCAUUUUACGUUGUAUAAAUUAGCCUAGCGGCUAGCAGACUUUUCCUCUACUCAUAUGAAGCCAGGGACAACAGCAACAUUUAACAAAGGUAACGUUACAAAAUUCAGCUCCAUUACAGCUCACAAGGUUUGUUUUGAAAGAUUAAUUUAUUUUAAUACCAAUUAAGGCCUUAUUUUUAGAUUAAUUAAUCCAAUGCCUUUUAAGACUUUUUAGAGAUAGACAGGAACCCUGGCGUAUAUUUAACCACUGUAACAUUUCCAACACAUUCUGUUAAUUCCAAACUAUUUCCAGGCCUGGAAAACCAUUUAACUUUUCCAGGAAUUUCAUGACAGUGGGAACCCUGAAAUAAGCGCACAAUGUCAGAGCCUCUAAAGUACUCUGAGACAAUUUUGUGAUGUUGUGAUGAGCAAAUAAAGUGUGUCAUAGUGUCAGCUGUUGCUACUCACCAAAUAUAAAAUCACUAUCACAUCUGAGUAUCAGCUGAUAUCUUGUAUUUCAGCAGCCAGCACUUUUGGAGCAUUCUUUUAUAGAUCAUGUCUGUAACUGGUGGUCAGUAGAUGGGACUAACACACAGUAUUCCAAAGAGACAAUCCUGUCCACAGAUUGUUAACGUGUCCACUACAGAUGGUGUCUUUGAAACAAAAGGGAGUUUAUCUUUCAUUCAAUCACUGUGUAUUGAUACGGUUUUGCUUAUGACACAAUGUACUGUACAGAUGAUGGUGCGCUGCUGAGCUGAA